GCGCCGGGAGCAGCGGGCGGCCCCCUGGGAGGGCGCGCCGCCGGGGCGGGGAGCAGGGGCGGUCGGGAGUGGAGCUCGGACCUCCGGGAGGUCUUCAGCCCCGCGGGGCUGCGUAACCUGGCGACCACCCCCAGCAGCCGGCCUGGCCAUGGCGGCCCCCCGCCCGCCUCCCCCCCGCCCGCCUCCGGCGAUCUCCGUCUCGGUCUCGGCUCCGGCUUUUUACGCCCCGCAGAAGAAGUUCGGCCCGGUGGUGGCCCCAAAGCCCAAAGUGAAUGCUUUCCGGCAAGGGGACAGCGAGCCUCCCGCGGCAGCCGGGGCCCAGCGCGCACAGAUGGGCCGGGUGGGCGAGAUCCCCCCGCCGCCCCCGGAAGACUUUCCUUUACCACCCCCUCCUCUCCUUGGGGAUGGUGACGACUCGGAGGCUGCCCUGGGAGGCGUCUUCCCACCUCCCCCUCCCCCGAUCGAGGAGCCAUUCCCCCCUGCGCCUCUGGAGGAGGAGAUCUUCCCGUCCCCACCGCCCCCGCUGGCGGAGGACGGAGGGCCUGAGGCCCCCACACCACUCCCACCUCAGCCCAGGGAGAAGGUGAGCAGUAUUGACCUGGAGAUCGACUCUCUGUCCUCGCUGCUGGAUGACAUGACCAAGAAUGAUCCCUUCAAAGCGCGGGUGUCAUCUGGAUAUAUGCCCCCGGCAGUUGCCACUCCAUUCAUUUCCAAACCUAGUACUAAGCCCACAGCAGGGGACACAGCACCUCUGCCUCCUUGGAAGGCCCCUUCUAGCUCCCAGGUGCAGGCUCAACCCCAGAGCCAACCUCACGCCCAGCCUAAGCCCCAGGCCAAGCCCCAAGCCCAGUUCCGGGUCCAGCCUCAGCCUGUGGCCUCAGCUCCCACACAGCCUCGAGGGCCCCCAGCCCCAUCUCCAGCUCCAGCCCCUAAGUUUUCGCCAGUGGCUCCCAAAUUUACUCCUGUGGCUUCCAAGUUUAGUCCUGGAGCCCCCAGUGGACCAGGGUCACAGCCCAACCCAAAACUGGGGCCCGCAGAAGUGCCCUCUUCCACCGGCAUCAGCUCUCCUCAGCCUCCAAGCUUCGCCCAUGCUCAGCAGAGGGAGAAGCCCCGUGUGCAAGAGAAGCAGCACCCAGUGUCCCCACCAGCUCAGAACCAAAGCCAGGUGCGCUCCCCGGGGGUCCCAGGACCCCUGACUCUGAAGGAGGUGGAGGAGCUGGAGCAGCUGACCCAGCAGCUAAUGCAGGACAUGGAGCAUCCUCAGAGACAGAACGUGGCUGUCAGCGAGUCCUGUGGCCGGUGCCACCAGCCCCUGGCCAGAUCGCAGCCGGCAGUCCGCGCGCUGGGGCAGCUGUUCCACAUCACCUGUUUCACGUGCCACCGGUGCCAGCAGCAGCUCCAGGGGCAACAAUUCUACAGCCUGGAGGGGGCGCCCUACUGUGAGGGCUGCUACACUGACACGCUGGAGAAGUGUACCACAUGUGGGCAGCCCAUCACCGACCGCAUGCUGAGGGCCACGGGCAGGGCCUACCACCCACAGUGCUUCACCUGCGUGGUCUGCGCCUGCCCUCUGGAGGGCACCUCGUUCAUUGUGGACCAGGCCAACCAGCCCCACUGCGUCCCUGAUUACCACAAGCAGUACGCCCCCAGGUGUUCCGUGUGCGCCGAGCCCAUCAUGCCUGAACCUGGCCGCGACGAGACCGUGCGUGUGGUCGCUCUGGACAAGAACUUCCACAUGAAGUGUUACAAGUGUGAGGACUGUGGAAGGCCUCUCUCCAUCGAGGCAGAUGACAAUGGCUGCUUCCCCCUGGAUGGCCAUGUGCUUUGUCGGAAAUGCCACACCGCUAGAGCCUAGAGCUGAGCAAAGACUGCCCGCCUCUGGGCUGCACGCCACCCCCACGGACCACCCACGCCGAGACCAGCUGCCCUGCAGCGCCCACCCACCUGUUACUGUUUUGUUGCCUAGCCUCCCUCCAUUCCAAACCCCACCCCAGUAUCAAGCGCCCUGACCCAGGGCUCCACUCCACCCAGGUCUCAGCCCCAGCCCACCCUGCAGGAUGGCUGCUGUCCUGUGGGUGCCCACCUUGGGACACCAGGGUUAGAGCUGCUGCUUCCACUGCUGCACCGGGGCUGGCCGGGCAGCCUUUGUACUCUGCUUGGAGGGGAGGGGAUCCUGGCCCGGGAGCCUUGGCGACUGGCCUAGACACUGCCCCUGUCCUGUGCUGCCAGGUUGUGGCUACAGCUACAAAUAAAACAAACCCUAUUUUCCAGAA